AUGAGCAAUUCGGUUACAGAUGCGUUUGCCAAAUUAAACGUUGGGGCAAGUUCUAAUGCAACUGAGUUUGAACACAUUUUCAAGGUUUCUUAUGAGUAUUUGUCAAAAGUGAAAAACUUUAAUGAUGUUGACUCAUUUAGGAAUUGUCUUGUAUCGUUAGCGAACUUGGAUAAAUAUUACAAGGCUGAGCAACUUAUUGCUAAGAUCCCUCAGGACUUGGUUGAGCAUUUGAUUUUAGAGAUUUCAUACAUUUUCUACAAAAUUGGUAAGAAUGAACAAGUUUUCAAAUUAUACGAUUCGUAUAAGGCCAAGCUUGAUUCCUCUUCUUCAUAUUUGACCUCCUCGACCUCCUCGACAUCCCAGACACCGCUUGUCUUUUCUCUGAUGGUUCAAGCUGGAUUAUCUAAUGUUUUGGUUCAAACUUAUUACAAAAUGGGCGACUACUCCAAGGCAUUAGAGUUGAAUGAAAAACUACUCCAAGUGACAAAUGAUCUCGAGGAAAAAACCGAUUUGAUCAUUAAUCAAAAAGCAAUUGUGUCGCAAUUAAUUUUUCAGACUGGUGGUACCACCACCAUUCAGUCUGGCCCAAGCAAAUUUCCAGGUGAUGAAACUAAUUACGAUUUGUUAUUCAACGAGGCAUUGAUUGAAUUGGCCAAGGGUGAUGUAUUCAAGAGCUUGGACUUGCUUGAAAAGGCAUUCAAAGUAUGUACUGAAAACAAUAUCGCUGAAGAAGAUUUAAAUAAUGAGAUUCUUCCUAUUAAUUUGACAAUGGCAUAUAUCCAUCAGUCGAAAGGUGAAGACUUGAAAGCAAAGGCGAUUUUAGACACGAUAGAUGUUGAAAAAAUUGGUGAUGCAUUACUCAAGAUGAUUGUAAAGAGUAAUCUAUUUGCUAUGGAUAAAUUGGAGAAUCCUAAUUUGGUUGAAAGACGGUUGAAUCUUCAAGAGGCUAUUCAUCAGUUGAAGCAGAAGAUUACGACAUUGCAGUAUGGAACUGCUCUCAAAAAUAGUAUGUUGUUAAGAUUUGCAAGUGGAACUUUGAGCUCUUCUCAAUUGAAUGCAUCUCUACUUCAACAGCAACAAAAUGACGGUCAGUUGAUUAAUCAAGCAUAUACUGUUUUAACUCGAAAUGACAUUUCAUAUAAAAAUCUACAGGAUCCGGCACUUUACAAAAUAAUUGGCAAGAAACUUGUACGAUAUAUUAAACAAGUAGAAAAAGAGGAGGACUUGAAAAGAGCAGCGGUGUUGUUACUAGUAUUUGUCAACUCUAAAUUGGAAAAUUUCGAUCAAAGUUUACCGUUUUUAGAGAAGUUAGUCGAGGAAUCAAUGAACAAGAGAGCGUUGAUUAAACCGGGGAUAGUGGGCACAUUAAUCAACGUUUACGAAAAAACACAGAAUAUCAACAAGUUGAAAAAUUUGCUCAAAUUACUAGUAGAAAAAUUCCUACAAAGUCCCCAAGACUCAUUCGAAAACGCUGAUUAUUAUAAUAGCGCCAAAAUCAUUGCGAUGAGUAACUAUGGCUUCAGUUCUGAUAAUUCCCGUGAAUUGUUUCAAUUCUUGCAUAAAGUUAACCCCGAUGAUAACUUGAUCAAUUCGGUCUUGUCCAACACCAGUAAAGAUCUACUUUCAGUUGAAGAGCUUGUGUCUAGGAAGCCAGUUGAGGAGUUAUUAUCAAUAAACUUGGACAAAUUGAUUCCAAAUAAAAAGAAGCCAACAAAGCCCAUAGUGAAAACAAGAUCAAAAGUAAUAAAGAAGAAACAAAAACCAAAAUUUGGUAAAAACAGGAUAAUUAAACCAGCAGGUGAUUUCAAUUUGGACGAUGAAAGGUGGUUACCAAUGAAGAUGAGAAGUUACUAUAAGCCAUCAAAAAGGGAUAGGAAGAAAUUGACUGGCCAUCAAGGUGCAAUGGAGUCUACACCACCUGCUGCUGCUGCUGUUGCUGCUGUUGCAACACCUCAUGCACAAAACACAUCACUGAACAGUAGCAAUAGUAACACUACUAAAAGAAAGAAAAAGAAGGGUAAAAAGUGA